AUGACAUCCACUAACGGAGAUCCCUCAGAGGGUCCCAAAACCAUCUCGACACUGCCCGGACCUGACCAUGACUAUAAGAUCACGCUCAAGGACAAGGUCAUCGCCAUCUCUGGCGCAAACCAAGGUAUCGGCCUAGGCAUCGCCGAGGUCUGCCUAGCGAAUGAUGCCGCUUGCAUAUACUCCCUCGACAUUUCAGAACCUGGCCCUGCCUUUGCCGAGUUAUCCAAAAAGUACCCCGGCCGUUUCGCCUUUCACCACUGCGACGUGACGGCGUACGAAUCCGUCGACAAGGCCCUGGACGCCAUCAUCGAGGCCAGGGGCCGGCUCGACGGCAUGGUGGCAAACGCGGGCGCCACCAAACACAAAGCAGCGCUCGAUUUUACCCCCGAGGAGUUUGACUUUUUGUUCAAGCUCAACGUAGUCGGCGGCUGGAACUGCGCGACGGCGGCGGCUAGAAAGUUUAUCAAGCUGGGCUGCAAGGGCAGCAUCGUCUUUACCGCCAGCAUGACGUCGUACAGGCCGAACCGCGCCGCCCCCAGCGCGCCGUACGGUGCCACCAAGGCCGCCAUCCGCAAUUAUACCCACACGUUGGCCAUGGAGUGGUCGCAGUACGGCAUCCGCGUCAACAGCAUCAGCCCUGGGUUUGUCAAGACGGCGCUGACGUACUAUGUCGAGACGAGCCCGGAUUGGGACACCAAGAUGAAGUACUAUGGGGGCAUGCCGAGGUUGGCGCUGCCGCAAGAGCUGGGUGGCGCAUAUGUGUACCUGUUGAGUGAGCAGGCGACGUACACGACAGGUAUUGAUAUCCCUAUUGCGGGUAUUGUUGGUGCUUGGUAGGGUGCUGUUUAUAGAGAAUAGAAUAGAGUGUUAUGAAUUGAAUGUCCACAAGCGGUGCGAUGCC